AUGGCUGUUCUGUACACCACAACACUGCUGAUCCUCACAGUUGUGUGUUCCACCUACACACACACUACAUUGGAGUUGUCUGGUGUGGUGAAGUGUAGCACUGGACGCUCUGCACUUGCUUACAUCAUGUAUGGGUGUUACUGCGGAGUAGGAGGGGAGGGGUGGCCCAGAGACCCUGCUGACUGGUGUUGUCACAAACAUGACUGCUGCUACGCCAAGGCUGAGGAUCAGGGCUGUUACACAAAACCUCACACAUACCCAUGGAGCUGUGACGGUCAAUCACUGGAGUGUGGCUCUCUUACAGACCGCUGUGAGAAGAUGUUGUGUGUUUGUGAUCGAGAAGCAGCCAAGUGUCUGAAAAAAGCACCAUAUAACCUCAAAUAUGUUGCAUGGCCCGACUUCCUGUGUGGACCAGAACUACCGACAUGUGCUUACUACUGACACACACACACACAGUAAACCAUAAUCAAUCAGCUAUUUUUGCUUUAGGCUAAUGUGGCUUACAGGCUAACAUGUUAGCAUGUGGUGGAGUUUUUCAGAGACUCAAACAGCUCAAGGACGAAUCCAAUAAUCUUAUUUGAGUUGAAUGUGUGGUGAAGUAACCCUUAAUUCUGCAUGAUGAUAAUUUGGGUUGUUAGC